CGCCGGCGGGGUGGUGCCCCCCGCCCCUGCGCGGGCCUGGGCGAGCUCGGGGCAGGCUAUGCUAGCGGCGCGGACGGCCCCCUCGUCCGCCACUUCGCCCCGGCCAUGUGGUGCCUGCACUGCAACUCGGAGAGGACUCAGUCCCUGCUGGAGCUGGAGCUUGACAGCUGUGUUGAGGGUGAGGCUCCAAGUAGUGAAACUGGCACAUCUUUGGAUAGCCCAUCUACCUACCAUCAAGGACCUAUAACACACAGUUCAGCUAUAAGCCCAGACCAUUACGACCACUCUGCUUACGGGCUCCCAGACCAUUACGACCACUCUGCUUACGGGCUGUAUUCUGUCUCCCCUGGGCAACAAAGAUCCCGGAGACCUAAGCUUCAGCAUUCAACAUCCAUACUGAGAAAACAAGCAGAGGAAGAAGCUAUUAAAAGAUCAAGAUCACUUUCUGAAAGCUAUGAACUAUCUUCAGACCUACAGGAUAAGCAGGUGGAAAUGCUAGAACGGAAAUAUGGGGGCCGUCUCAUAACUAGACAUGCUGCUCGUACUAUACAAACAGCUUUUCGCCAGUAUCAAAUGAAUAAAAACUUUGAGCGACUUAGAAGUUCUAUGUCUGAAAAUCGUAUGUCAAGGCGCAUUGUACUGUCCAAUAUGAGAAUGCAGUUUUCCUUUGAAGGACCUGAGAAAGUCCAUAGCUCCUACUUUGAAGGGAAGCAAGUUUCUGUUACAAAUGAUGGGUCAAAAUUAGGAGCCCUUGUCCAAUCUGAAUGUGGUGACCUUGGGGAAUCAGCUACAAUGAAAUCUCCAGCAGCAUCCACUGACUUUGCUGAUGCUAUAACAGAACUGGAGGAUGCUUUUUCAAGACAGGUCAAAUCUCUUGCAGAAUCGAUUGAUGAUGCACUAAACUGCCGAAGCCUACAUUCUGAUGAAGUCCAGACACCUGAUCAAGUCAGAAGUCGUGAAAUAGAGAGAGAGAGUUGUACUCAAGCUAAGCCAGCAAUCCAUAAUGUGGAUCAUAGGAAACUUGACGAGAUGACUGCAUCAUAUAGUGAUGUCACAUUAUAUAUUGAUGAGGAAGAGCUCUCUCCACCCCUACCUCUUUCCCAGUCGGUGGACAGACCGUCUAGCACAGAAUCUGACUUGAGGCUUCGGUCUGUGAAUUCUUCUCAGGAGUACUGGUCCAUGACCCACAAGGAUGAUAAGAUAGACACUGAUACAAGCUGCAGAAGCACCCCUUCAUUGGAAUGCCAGGAGCAAAGGAUACGAAUGGAUCAUCUUCCAUUGCUAACUAUAGAACCACCUAGUGACAGCUCAGUGGACUUAAGUGAUCGGUCAGAGAGAGGCUCAUUAAAGAGGCAAAAUGCAUAUGACCGAGGAGUCUCUAGUCAACAAGGAAGCCCAAAACAUAUCCCACAUGUUAUUGCUACCAAGAUUAUAACUCGAGAAGAACAGGAGGCUAGACACAGGCCAAGGCCUAUUGAUAGUCAUUUAGCUAUCAAUGGCACAGCAAACAGGCAGAGCAAAUCGGAGUCUGAUUAUUCUGAUGGAGACAAUGACAGCAUCAAUAGCACUUCCAAUUCCAAUGAUACAAUAAAUUGCAGCUCAGAGUCUUCUUCUAGAGACAGCCUAAGGGAACAGACCUUGAGCAAACAGACCUACCACAAGGAAACUCGAAACAGUUGGGAUUCACCUGCCUUCAGUAACGAUGUUAUCAGGAAACGCCAUUAUAGGAUUGGACUGAAUCUUUUUAAUAAGAAACCUGAAAAAGGAGUCCAGUACCUAAUUGAGCGGGGGUUUGUACCGGACACUCCAGUUGGUGUUGCUCACUUUCUCUUGCAAAGGAAAGGACUCAGCAGACAGAUGAUUGGAGAGUUUCUGGGCAAUCGACAGAAGCAAUUCAACCGAGACGUAUUAGACUGCGUUGUGGAUGAGAUGGACUUCUCAGCAAUGGAACUGGAUGAAGCACUCAGGAAGUUUCAGGCUCAUAUUCGUGUUCAAGGAGAAGCUCAAAAAGUAGAACGACUCAUUGAAGCUUUUAGCCAGCGAUAUUGUAUCUGCAAUCCAGGUGUUGUGAGACAGUUUCGAAAUCCUGAUACCAUCUUCAUCCUAGCUUUUGCAAUCAUAUUGCUAAAUACAGACAUGUACAGCCCAAAUGUGAAACCAGAACGCAAAAUGAAGCUUGAAGAUUUUGUCAAGAAUCUAAGGGGUGUAGAUGAUGGUGAAGAUAUCCCACGAGAGAUGCUGAUUGGGAUUUAUGAACGAAUUCGCAAACGGGAACUGAAGACAAAUGAAGAUCAUGUAUCCCAGGUCCAAAAGGUUGAGAAACUCAUAGUAGGAAAGAAACCAAUUGGAUCUUUGCAUCAUGGACUUGGUUGUGUUCUCUCUCUGCCCCACCGGAGACUUGUUUGCUACUGUAGGCUCUUUGAAGUUCCAGACCCAAAUAAACCUCAGAAGCUUGGAUUGCACCAGCGAGAAAUAUUUUUGUUUAAUGACCUUCUUGUGGUCACCAAGAUCUUUCAAAAGAAGAAGAACUCGGUCACGUACAGUUUUCGACAGUCCUUUUCUCUUUAUGGAAUGCAAGUUCUUCUUUUUGAGAAUCAGUAUUAUCCAAAUGGCAUACGGCUCACAUCAGCUGUUCCAGGAGCAGAUAUCAAAGUACUAAUAAAUUUCAAUGCACCCAAUCCUCAGGACAGAAAGAAAUUUACAGAUGAUUUGAGGGAAUCUAUUGCAGAGGUCCAAGAAAUGGAAAAGCACAGAAUAGAGUCUGAGCUAGAAAAACAGAAGGGUGUGGUGCGUCCAAGCAUGUCGCAGUGCUCCAGCCUGAAAAAAGAAUCUGGCAAUGGGACACUGAACAGAGCCUGUCUGGAUGACAGCUAUGCCAGUGGAGAGGGACUGAAAAGGAGUGCACUCAGCAGCUCCCUUAGAGACCUCUCUGAAGCAGGCAAGCGUGGGCGUCGCAGCAGUGCAGGAUCGCUAGACAGCAAUAUGGAAGGGUCCAUCAUUAGCAGUCCUCACAUGCGCCGAAGAGCUACAUCAACCCGAGAGUGUCCAUCUCGCCCUCACCAGACUAUGCCUAACUCUUCCUCACUCCUAGGUUCCUUAUUUGGUAGUAAAAGGGGAAAACCACCUUCCCAAGGCCAUCCACCAUCUGGCUCAUCACAGCAGCCUCAGCACCCUCCAGUAAUCCCCCAUCAGCAACACUCACAGCAUCCUUCUGCUAUGCAUCACGCAGGGCCAUCUGAAGGGCAGACGCAGGCACAAGUGCAUACUCACCAUUCACAGUACUGUCACAUGCAGCAGAAUCCUCCCCCGUAUCAUCACCAUCACCACUAUCACCCUCCACAGCAUGUCCAGCACCCGCACCAGUACCACCAUGUGCCACAUUCUCAGCAUUCUUCUUACAUGCAGCACCCACACUCUCAACAUUCCCAUCCUGUGCACCCCCCAUUGCCCCCCCCUCACCCAGGGCACUCUUCUCAUGCCCCGCAUGCUCAGCAUCACCAUGGACAGCCAGCUCCUUCCUCCACUUCAGCCAGCACUAAGCCCAAACACAGUGGCAUCAGCACAAUAGUCUAGAACACAUUGACCCUUUUAAUAACUGUAGUUUAAAAACACAGUUAUAAAGGCACUUACAGGAAGCAGCAAAUAAACUGUCAGUUUUUACCCAGCCAAACAGUUUAAUUGACUUCUGAGAGCUUACAGGCUUGCUCUUACUAAAUAAAACCCUUCAAAUUAGUGUGACUGACAUUGGUUUGACUUAUCUACUUGGUAGAGGCUGGCCUUCUGGCCCAUCUUUAUCUUCAGUUGCCUUGAAAACAUGCUGCUUGCUGUACACUAGUAAAGCUACUUUUUCCACUGAAUCCUUGACAAUUUUACUUGCAUAAUAAAAACUUAACCUAUAAAAAAAAAAAAUACAGGAAAUUUUGAUUCUGAACCAAGUGUUGCAAUCUUGCUUUUUUAUUGUCACUGGGCAAAAAAAUAAGUAGACCUGAUAUGGUUGAUGAAAGUACGUAAGUAAACUUUAUAUAAUAUAAAUAUAUACAUAUAAAUAUAUAUAUA